GUAAGACAGUGGAGAAGGAAAGAGCUGUGGAAACUUUGGUGAAGCGCCUGAAUUUGUUAUUUUCAGCUUCUUAAUAUAGUUUCGAAUAAGAGAAAAAAACCUUUGGUGCUGUUUGUUUUCGCUGAAAUUGGAUUUAAAAGCGUAAAGCGGGAAAGAGACAAGAGGAAACGGCGGCGUCGGUCGGUUGACGUAUCGGAGAAGGUUUGAAAGCGAUCGAGGAAUUAAAACAGCAAUAAGAUGGAUUUUAUCAGCUUCAACUAACUGAAGUCUUCCAGAAGAUGUUGGAGAAACGAGCUGUGGAGCUUCAUGUGGAGCAGGAGGUCCGAGGAAAGCACGUGAAGGAACCGUUCUGCAGUCAGUACAGCUGCGGUUCUCUGCUCGGCAGCGGCGGUUUCGGUUCAGUGUUUUCAGGCCAGAGGCUCUCUGAUGGACUGCAGGUUGCCAUUAAACAGAUUUCCAGUGACAGAGUUCAGCAGUGGGCCAGACUGCCCGGCGAGGUCAGCCCCGUUCCCAUGGAGGUCGCUCUGCUGCAACGGCUGUCGGAGGUCGGGGGUCACGGGGGGGUCGUCCGCAUGCUGGACUGGUUCGAGGUGGAGGGGCAGGGCAUCCUGCUGGUGCUGGAGCGGCCGCCGCAGUGUCAGGAUCUGUUCGACUUCAUCACUGAGACGGGAGCUCUGUCUGAACGCCUCGCGCUCAGGUUCUUCCGGCAGAUCGUGGAGGCGCUGCUGUUCGUCCACGCUCACGGCGUCGUGCACCGAGACAUCAAAGACGAGAACAUCGUGGUCGACACGAGGACGCUCGACGUCAAGAUCGUUGACUUUGGAUCAGGGGCUCCAUUCAAAGAGACGCCGUACAGCGAGUUCGAAGGGACUCGGGUCUACAGUCCUCCUGAGUGGAUCCUGUCUCAGUCCUACGAGGCCGUCUCCCUCACCGUCUGGUCUCUGGGUGUCUUGCUCUUUGACAUGGUUUGCGGUGACAUCCCAUUCCAGUGUGACCAGGAGAUCGUCACCGCCACGCCCCUUUUCACCAGGCGGGUCUCUACAGAAUGCCAGUCUCUGAUUCGCUGGUGUCUGUCGUACCGCCCCGAGGAGCGUCCAACGCUGGAGGAGAUCCUGUCUCACCCCUGGAUGGAAGGAGGAGAGGUGGGGGAGGAGGAGGAAGGUGGAGACCUGCAGGAGGACCACAGCUCUUUACCCAGCCAGUCCCUGUAGCCGAUCGUGUGUGUGGACGCGCAGUCACAGGCUGCGAGACUGAUCGUCACACAGAAACUGAUUCGGGGAGAAUGACUUCCUGUUUGGUUAUUUAUUAAACUGAGUAUUUAUUUGGGUUUGAAGAUUUGUUCGUUACGUGUACAGAGCAGGUUGUUUUUUAGCGCCGGCUCCAUCAGAGAGGUCUGGUUCUUUCGUUCUGUCGUCAUGGUCAUUUUCUAGAAAGCAGCUGGUUCGUCGCUGUGAGGAACAUGGAGAGAGUUCUCAGCUGCUUUUAAAGGAGAGUGAAGCAGAUCGUUCAUCACCUGUGGAGCUUCAGGUGAACAUCACCUCCAGCUUAGUUCAAGUUCAGAUCCGAAUCAGAGGAUGGAUCGUUUCCGCCUUCCUGUCCGUCCUCAGCUGGAAGGGUCUGGAAGGUUUUUCUGUAAAAUGACAGAAACGAUGACUGGAUGGUUAGUUUAGUGUAGUAGUAUAUGAUGUCAGUCUUUUUCAUAGUGUUUAGAUGAGCCUGUUUGUCAGUUAAGAAAAUCCUCACUUGGAUAUUCACGCUGCUUCUUGUACUCACCAAACUUCUAGUGUUUCACAGAUUAUUUCCUAAAAUGUCAAAUAUGAUAAGCAGGCUGUAAUCAGCUGAGCACAUUCUCCAUUUUCCGGCACGAGGAAAUGUCCUCAGGAUUAACUGUUACACACCAGACAUUACUUGGAAAAAAAUUGUGUAACUAGAACACAGCAGUCAGAUCUCAGGUCAGUUUUUUAGUUCUCAUGUAAAACAUGAGAAACCGGGAAGAGUUAGUUUGACCGUAAGUCGGAAUCUUUAAUGUUUGAACAACGAUAUUUAUUUUCAUCAGAAGUUUAAUAUCAGUUCUGAACUAGUUUCAAAUGAAAACCAGUGAAUCUGGUUCGUGGUGGUUCGCGUCCUGUUGAUGUUUGGAUGUGACAGAGAACUGUAAAUACUUGUGUAUUUUUCUCUGGUUUUAUGAUCAAAGUGACUCGUCAGUCACUUGUUUCUGUUUAUUUACAUUAAAUAAGAAGUUAUGGAUCGAGAGUAAACAGAUCCAAUAUUUGAAUAAAAGGUUUUAUCACCUCA